UUCAGUGGAGGAGGAAGAUAAAGUCGGUCGAAUUUGCAAGUCACAAAUUUGCCGAACAUCCCGAAAUAAUUCCAUUUUUACUCGGCAAAAUAUCAACUUUUUCUGUCAAAAAUGACGACCCCGGCUGUAGAUAGUGUCCGCGAAAAGGGUCUAGCAGAUUACCGCAAAAAAUUAUUGGAACAUAAAGAAUUAGAAGCAAGGUUGAAGGAGAUGAGAGAGAUGUUAAAAGAUCUGACAAAACAGUAUGAUAAAUCUGAAAAUGAUUUAAAAGCUUUACAGAGUGUUGGACAGAUUGUUGGGGAAGUAUUAAAACAGUUGACUGAGGAAAAAUUUAUUGUAAAAGCUACAAAUGGACCGCGAUAUGUUGUUGGAUGUCGACGACAACUGGAUAAAUCGAAAUUAAAAUCUGGAACAAGAGUAGCAUUAGACAUGACAACACUUACAAUCAUGAGACAUUUACCUAGAGAAGUAGAUCCAUUAGUGUAUAAUAUGUCAGCUGAAGAUCCUGGAUGUGUUAGUUUUAAUCAAAUUGGUGGAUUAGCUGAACAAAUCCGUGAGUUACGAGAGGUUAUUGAGUUACCAUUAUUAAAUCCUGAAUUAUUUAUGCGUGUAGGUAUUACACCACCUAAAGGUUGUUUAUUAUAUGGUCCACCUGGUACAGGUAAAACUCUACUAGCUAGAGCUGUUGCUAGUCAACUAGAUUGUAACUUCUUAAAGGUAGUAUCUAGUGCUAUAGUUGAUAAAUAUAUCGGAGAGAGUGCCAGAUUAAUUCGUGAAAUGUUUGCCUUUGCCCGAGACCAUGCUCCAUGUAUUAUUUUUAUGGAUGAGAUUGAUGCUAUCGGUGGUCGACGAUUCUCGGAAGGUACCUCCGCUGACAGAGAAAUUCAACGAACAUUGAUGGAGUUAUUAAAUCAGAUGGAUGGUUUUGAUGCAUUAGGUCAAGUUAAAAUGAUAAUGGCUACUAACAGACCCGAUACUCUAGAUCCUGCUUUAUUACGACCAGGUCGUCUCGAUAGAAAAAUAGAAAUUCAGCUACCUAAUGAACAAGCUAGAUUAGAAAUCUUGAAGAUUCAUGCAUCUCCUAUAGCUAAACAUGGGGAAAUAGAUUGGGAAGCUGUAGUAAAGUUAUCUGAAGAUUUUAAUGGUGCUGAUCUACGUAAUGUCUGUACGGAAGCUGGUAUGUUUGCUAUACGAGCUGAGAGAGACUUUGUUUUGGAAGAAGAUUUUAUGAAAGCUGUUAGAAAGGUUUCUGAUAACAAGAAACUAGAAUCUAAGUUAGAUUAUAAACCUCUCUAAAUCUUAUAUUAUUGUUAAUCAUUAGAAGAUAUUUAAUAUCAGUCUUGUUCCAACAUUGAAUUUGUAAAUAAAAACUUAUUUCAUCUAUUGUCAAA